AUGACCCGCACCUUCCCCAUUGCCUUCUUGUCUUUCAUUUUCUUUUCUUUGAACCACUUCACUCUCGCCCUCUUUCCCCACACCCCCAACGGCUCCCCCCUCACUUCCACCUCUUUCGGCAUCCCCGGCCUCAAUGCAACGUACGACUACAUUGUCAUCGGCGGUGGCACGGCGGGUCUAGCCCUCGCGACGCGCCUGUCCUCGUCGAGCGCCGGCCUCAGCAUCGCGGUCAUCGAAGCGGGCAGCUUCUACGAAAUCACCAACGGCAAUCUGAGCGUGGUGCCAAGCUACGCGCCGUGGUUCGCAGGCGCGGAUGAAGACGACUGGCAGCCGGGGGUGGAUUGGGGAUUUGCAACUGUUGCGCAGACGGGCUUCUCCAACCGUACCUACCACUACACGCGCGGCAAGACUUUGGGCGGAUCGUCCGCGCGGAACUACAUGCUAGCAACCGUCGACUCCUUCACCCGCUGGUCCACCCUCGUCGCCGACCCUUCGUACACCUGGUCCGCCAUCCUUCCCUACUACAAAAAAUCGACUCACUACACCCCCUUCGACCCCACUCGCUACACCAACUCCUCAAACACCCAAUCUUCCACCUCCUUCGAACCCCCCGGCGACCCCCUCCCCGUCUCCUUCUCCAACUACGUCGAUGCAUUCGGGACAUGGUGCCAGCGCGCAUUCCAAGCCUUCGGCAUGGCCGCAAUCCCCGGCUUCAACGACGGUCACCUACUCGGCUCCGCGUUCGGCACGUUUACCAUCGACGCAUCCACCGGAGCGCGUGCGAGUAGCGAAAGCAGCUUCCUGGCCGCAGCGCUGGCUCACGGGACCGCGCCGACCGUCUACGUCAACACGUUAGCACAACGCAUCCUCUUCUCCCCUGCCACCUCUGCUUCUCCCCCGCGUGCCACGGCCGUCCGCGUCUCCACCGCCGGCACCUUCGGCACGCCGUCGCGCAACUAUACGCUUUACGCAUCCCGCGAAGUCGUUGUCAGCGGCGGCGCGUUCCAGUCGCCGCAGCUGCUCCUGGUCUCGGGCAUAGGCGACUGCACAGAACUCAAACUUCACGGCAUCGCGUGCGUCUCACACCGUCCCGGCGUCGGGCGCGGCAUGUGGGACCACCCCGUCUUCGGCACCGCGCACCGCGUGCGCCUCGCCACCGCCUCCGCCGCGCUCAACAAUGCCAGCCUCGCAGCCGAAGGGGUGGCCGCCUAUCUACGAGCCGCGGACGGCCCGCUGUCGGUGCUGGGGCCCGGCGUUUACGGAUGGGAGAAGCUGCCAGAGCCGUGGCGGGGGGCACUGAGCGAGGAGACGAGGGAAAUGCUGGCGAGCGACUUCCCUACGGAUUGGCCCGAAAUUGAGUGGUUACCAAACAGCGCCCUGAAGGGCAAUGGGUCGGUUCCGGUGGCGAUUGAUCCGCAGGAUGGGACCAAUUUCGCGACGUUGAACACAGCUUUAAUCGCGCCGCUGUCCAGAGGCAGUGUCAGAAUUAGGAGCGCCGAGAUGGAGGUUCCGCCUAUGAUUGACCCGGCAUGGCUGACGCAUCCGGCGGAUAGGGAGGUAGCGGUGCAGUGUGUGCGGCGGCAGCGGGAAAUGUGGAAGUGGUUGGUGGAGCAGGGUGUCGCUGAGGAGGAGGAAUAUUACCCUGGGGAAGGAGUAAGGUCGGAUGAGGAAAUUUACGAGUGGUUAAAGAAGUCGCUGACUACGAUUUAUCAUGCAAGCUCGAGGCGCGAGUAUUUGGCGUAG